AUUAAAAGCGAAAGUUUCUUGGAAGAUCUGAAUAACAUUCUGAAUGCUGGUGAUGUUCCUAACAUCUUCGCACAGGAUGAACUGGACACGAUCUUUACAGCCAUGAAACCAGUGGUACUUGACCUGGGGAUGCAACCAACCAAAGCCAAUCUAUACUCUGCUUUCACUAAACGAGUGAGGGCCAACACCCAUUCAGUUGUCUGUAUGAGGUAGGUCGUCUACAUGGUUAGCUUAGUUUAUCUUUGUUAUCAUUAUCAUUUAUCUUAGUUUAUCAUGCGGUUUGCCCCAUUCACACCAGAGCUUAAACAUGUUAAGAAGCUGUUUAGUUAAACACGUUUUAAAUCUGUAUUCUGCUACUGUACUUUUAUUGAGGGCAAAUUUAGGGCAAUCAUAUAAAAUGUUAAAGUCCAUUUGAAUUCUGUGUGAACGCCUGCGUUUAAGUUUUUUGUGACUGAUUUUCAUUUUUUAAACCUUAUUUGAUUAAACCUGUUUAGUUGGUGUGAAUUGGGCAACAGUUUGCCAGUCUAGCAAGUAUGUAUGUCUGUCCGCUUCAUGCUCUUUCGUGCAUUGCAGCGAAUUCUGUAUUUGCUAAUAAAUUUUCUUCCUUACAGCCCAAUUGGUGAGAUAUUUCGAGCUCGUCUCCGACAGUUUCCAUCUCUUGUGAACUGCUGCACCAUUGACUGGUUCUCAGCUUGGCCUGAAGAAGCUCUCCGAUCUGUAGCGUCCACCUUCCUUGGAGAAAUCCCUGAGCUUGAAGACUCUUCUGCAAUGGAAGGAUUGGUAUGUUAGGGUUCGGAACUAUUUUAAUUAUAGUCGAACCUCCACUAAUGGUCACUGCUCCUCGACUGAACGGCCACAUUUCCUAGUCUCCACAGAUACUCUUCCCCCUUAUUUAAACCCCAGCGUUCUACAAUGGACAUCUACCUUUGUUCAUUCCGCCAUUUGACCCACCUGGAAAUCGUAUCUCAAGCAGAUUUUCUUUGGGCCUCGUCAAGCGUUCCUCCCCACAAAGGAACGAAUGGCGAAGUCUAAAGAACGUCUGCGUGGAAGGCUAACUUGGACAGUCUCUUUGUUGUUUAAGAAACACCGAGAAAUUUCACAACAUUUAUAUGAAGUAAUCGUUGCUUCAAUCACUCCGCUCUAUGAGUGAAAUCGUUAUAACAUAUCCAAUUGCUUUUCCAUCUCUUAUUCGUUUUUCUUCUAGCCACUUUUUGAGAUGAAUGCGGAUUAUAUUUUUUUUAAAUAUCCGUCCAAUAUAAUCGGCCGAAAUAAAAAUACUUUAUCAUAUAGGAGUCACAUUUUCCUUAUUUACCUGCAGGUUACAAUAUGUGGAGUUAUUCAUCAGUCAGUAGCCCUCAAAUCUAAACAAUAUCUUGCUGAGUUAUCGCGACAUAACUAUGUCACACCUACCAGGUAAUGGCAAGAAUUUACCUAAAAUAUUAAAAAAUAUAUCAGUUAUUUUUUCGUUUACUAGUUUUUGGUUUGUAACAAUUUCAUUUCUUCUAUAGCUACUUGGAACUUCUUGGGACUUUUCGAAAGUUAGUUGGCUUGAAGAAGUCGGAGCUAUUGACAGCAAGAAACCGUACAAAAACCGGUUUAGACAAGGUAAGUACUUUGGCAACACUUAAAUAG